CAUAUAUUAACCUCUAUGUAUGAAAGAAAAGAAACAUAAAUUUAUAAACACCUGUAGUAGAACUGUUUAGUGCGUUGUUGUUUGUUGUUUAUGUGAAAAUAUUUGUAGAAAGAAACUAAAAAGUUAUUUAUUGAUUGACGUUUCACUAUUUAAUCGUUUAUUAAAAAAAAAAGUUACCUACUUUGUAUUUUUAAUUGAUAAUUGAAGAUACAAAAAAAAUUGUUAAACUAUUUUUUAAAUCUUAACUUGUAUUGUUUUAUAUAUGUAUAUAUAACUAUCGAUAUAAGAUUGACAUAAACAAAUUUUUAACCAAAAUUAUUUUGUGGGAGUUGAUAUUUAUAAAUAGUAUAGACAAUCAAUAGUUAUUUAAAGACUUAUUUUUAAGUUAUCGACUAAUGAAUAGAGGAUUGGAAUCCUAAGUGACCCAGAACGAUGUAAAAUAAACACGAAAAAAUGCUUGACAUCAAGUUUCUAUUAAUAUAUUUAAUUAAAAGAAAAAUUUUAUAAUACUUGUUAUUUUUAAAAUAUAAAUUUUAUUUGAAGACUGGUUUAAUAAUAAAAAAAAAAAGUUUGUUAGUUAUAUGUGAUAAAAAAAUUUGUUCUUUUGAAUAUUUAAUCUUUGAAAAAAAAUCUACAUAAGAACAAUAAAAAAUGGCAAACGAUCAUACAAAUGAAUUGACACGAGAAGAUUUUGAUGCUGGACCAUCAAGUUACGAUGAAAUAGAAGCAAAUUUAUACCUUGGAAAUCUUACAGCUGCCACAGACAUAAAAUGGUUAAAAGAUACUAAAAUAACUCAUAUACUUACAGUUGACUCAUGUCCAUUACCUAGACAAAUAGAACUACUUCCUAAUAUUAAUUUGAAGUUUAUUAAAAUAACGGACAUGCCACGAGAAGAUAUUUUGACAUUUUUUGAAGAUACGUAUAAUUUUAUCGACAAUGCAUUACAAGAUGAUAAAAAAAUUUUAGUUCAUUGUUAUUUUGGUGUAUCAAGAUCAGCAACAUUAGUAAUUGCUUAUAUUAUGAAAAAAUAUAAAAUGACUUACGAAGAUGCUUAUGAAUUAGUCAAAUCAAAAAGACGUUUUGUUGGUCCUAAUCCUGGUUUUAUAGCCCAGUUAAAAUUAUAUGAAAAAAUGGGUUAUACUAUUGAUCAUGAUAAUGUUGAGUUUAAAAUGUAUCGUCUGCAAAUAGCAGCUGAUAAUGUACGUAAAGCUAAAAUUCUUCCUUCAAAUUUUAUAGAUUUAAUAAAACCAGAUCCAGCAUUAACGACUGUCCGUCCAGAACCAACUGUCUACCGUUGUAAAAGAUGUCGAAGAGUAGUAGCUAGUGUCAGCAAUUUAUUACCACAUUUACCACAUGAACGUCAAAUUUGGCGAUAUGUCAGUACAAAAAAACGUGAUGAAACAUCAUCUAAACAAAUGCAAACAUUAGCUAAAAUUGAAAAAGAUAAAAAAGACAGUGCUAGUAAUUCAGCAGAAGUGUGUAAUAAAACUUAUUUUAUAGAACCAUUGGCAUGGAUGCGAGAUAUUUUACAUAAUGUUGAAGGAAAAUUAAACUGUCCAAAAUGUGAAACCAAACUUGGUUCUUUUAGUUGGGUAUCUGGUUCUCAAUGUCCUUGUGGUGCAAAAAUUGCACCAGCAUUUUAUUUAGUUCCAUCCAAAGUUGACUGGAGUAAUGCUGUACAAAAUGUUUUAGUAACUAUUUAAUAAUACAUAAGUAACAAAACCAAUUAUGUAUAUAUAUAUAUACCUUAGGGUGCGUCAUUUCGGAGCAACAUUUUUUUUUUAAGUGCAUGUGGAAAAAAUCAUAGUUCAACACAAAAAAAAAAAAAUUUUUCGCGCAAGAAAAAAAAUUCUGUUGAGUACAGACCUAGCUCAUUAAAAAUUUUGAUGUCCCAUUUAAAUAACACGGGAAAAUUUUUUUUAUUUAACUGAGUAUUUUUACCUCGUUAACAAAUCGAUAGAUCGAAUAAACUAAUACAUAAUUUUGUAGGAAAUUGAACGCUCUACGAAAAAGGUCUCUUAUCAUUUUUUGAUAAAUCCAUCUGUUCAAAAUGUAUUAGAACUCGGAGUAAAGUUGGAGAUCUUUUUACUUUUCCGGCGAAACCAUCAGACUUAUCACAAAUGUUACAGAAUCUUUUUUGUUGACAAUUUUAUUCUCUACAAAUUAUCAUCAGUAAAAUUUUUUCAAAUUCCGCAUUGUUUACUAGUUACUUUCAUUUCAAUUUCAAGCUCUUAAAAAAGUAGUGUUCUGAUCGAUUUCAAGUGCUCGACAUUGAAAUGAAAAUAACUAGUAAAAAAUGCGGAAUUUGAAAAAACUUUACUGAUAAUAAUUUGUAGAGGACAAAAUUGCCAACAAAAAAGACUCUACAACAUUUUGUGAUAAAUUUGAUAGUUUCGCCGGAAAAGUAAAAAGAUCUCCAGCUUUACUUCGAGCUCUAAUAAAUUUUGAACAGAUGGAUUUAUCAAAAAAUGAUAAGAGACCUUUUUUGUAGAGCGUUCAACUCUCUACAAAAAUAUGUAUUAGUCUAUUCGAUCUAUUGAUUUGUUAACCAGUUAAAAAUACUCGAAGUUAAAAAAAAAAUUUUCCCGUGUUAUUUAAAUGGGAAAUCGAAUUUUUGAAUGAGCUAGGUCUGUAAUCGACAUACAAUUUUUUUUCUUGCGCGAAAAUUUUUUUUUUGUGUUGAACUAUGAUUUUUUCCACAUGCACUUAAAAAAAAAAAUGUUGCUCCGAAAUGUCGCACUCUAAUAUACAUGUGUGUGUAUAAUAAUUUAAUUUAAAUCAAAAUUUUAUGCAACUUACAAGACUUUAAAUAUAUAUAAAUCAUAACAAUAUAUUCUAACCUUGUGCCAAAGUCUAAUAACGUUGUAAUAUUUAAUAAUAUAUUAUACUUUAAUUUAAAACUCUUAUCUUCCAUCUUUCAUUCAUUUAAAUUACAAGAUUGAUAACAGUAUUUAUGUGCCAAUAAUUUAUUUAUACACUUAAUGUUUAUAAUUAUCUUUAUAACGAUAAUUAUGCACAAUUUUAUAUAUAAAAUUAUAUUUACACAUUUUAAUCUAAUAUGAUGCUGUGUUGUCUUUAACAAUUAAUGAGUUUUGAAAUUAACUAGAUCUUUAAUUACUAAACGACUGCUCGAGUGUAAAUAUUUAAUUCGUGUCAACUAUUAAAUAAAUUUUUAGUAAACUGAUUUAUUCGAAAAAAAUACUUCCUGACUGCAGCGUAUUUGUUUUUUUAAUAUUCGUCUUGAAAGUUUUUUUUCUUCAUUUUUUUUUUUUUUUUUUCAUAUUUUAUUAUUAACAUUAAAAACAAUAAAAUUUUUUUUUUAUUUCAAUUUUUGUAAUUAUUCACUGUAAGAAAGUGGGAAUUAAUUUGGAGUGAAUAUGGAUUUUAUUUUAAUCCGACUUCGCUCCGUCACUCUGAGUUCCGGAUUAAAAAAAAAAAACACUCCUCAGGAGUAAAUAUCCGCAUGAAAAAAAUUCGUUCUGAAAAUGUUCCAAGAAAGUUCGUAACCGUGAACUUCCAAAUUUAAGACAAUUCUAAACUUUGAGUAGAUCAUUUUUGUAACUUUGAAAACAUUCAAGAGUAAAAAUAAUUUUUCAUGAUACCAGCAUCGAAACUUGAAGUUUCAUUGCCUCUUUAGCCUGUCGAAACAAGCUAAUUUCAAGCCGAUGCUGCAAAUAACUGCUAGCGAAUUCGUAAUUCAAAAAUACCUUCAUACAGCGGGAAGAAACACAAUUGUUUCUGCCCGGUGUCGGUUAUAUUUAAUGUUCAUCUGCAGCCUUAUUACUCUCAUUUGUUUACUUGUCACUUCAGUUUACUCAUUUCAUUUUUUAAGUGACAGUUUUGAUUAACCAAAUAAAAUUAAUAAAAAAUGAGUGAAAAUAAUAUUAUUGUCUUAUUUACUAUUUAAUAAGUGACUGUAAAUCACAUAUUUCUCAUUCUUUAACAGUUCUCCGCAUUAUCGGCUUGAAAUUAACUUGUUUUUUACUGGCUGCUGACACUGAAUCUUCAAGUUUCGAUGCAGGUAAUCAUGAAAUAUAUGGUGUGUGACUCAGGAUAAAGCACGAUUUCAGACUGUGGGUGAUGUCACCCUAGUCUGAAAUCGUCUUGUUUCAUACCUUGUCACACAAUAUACUAUUUCAAUUAAGUAUUGUCAGGAAUAUUUUUAUGAAUUUUUUAAGCAAUAAUAAUUUGACUAAGAAGUUUUACUGGUUUCAAGAAAAUUAAAAAAAAAAAGACUUUCAAACCAAUUAUAAACGUUUUUUGAUUUUAAAAACCCUUUAAAAACCAAGUCUAGAGAUUAAAAAUUCUUCUACUCUUGAAUUUUUUUUUAAGUUCCAAAAAUGUCAACUAAAAGUUCGGAAUUGUCUCAAAUUUGGAAGUUUACUGCUAUAAAUUUUUUUUUAACCAUUUUUGGAGCCAACUUUUUUUAGACGGGUACGGAAUUUUGAACUUACCGUUAAGAAAAUCGAAGAUUCGAAUGGUUUUAUUGGCAAUCGAAAGGUCUUGUCAGCCAGGCCUUUGUUCGAGAGAUAUCGCGGGAAAAAGAAAUAGUACAAAACGAUUUUUUCCAAAAUCAUAGUUGGUUAAUUCUAGGGGUAUGCGAAUAGUAUUCGAAUCGAAUAGUGACAUUCGACUCGAAAUUCGAAUCAAAUAUUCGAAUUAUUCGUAUGGCCAAAUUGCACUUUUUUUCACAACAGUGGUUUUUCAGUCAAAUUUUUAUUAUUUUAAUGAUGAGUUCCAAUGAAGAUUCCAAUUAAGUCAAAUAACUCGAACAAGAUAACUUUUUUAUCGAAAUCGAUUAGUUUGAGAGCAAAGGAUAAUUAUUUGAACUAUUCGAAUAAUUCGAAUAUUAGUAAACACCCCUAGUUAAUUCAUUUGAGAUAUCGUUUACGUUAGAAUUGCACGGAGAGAAAUUUAAGGAACCGUUCCUAGUACGUUUAUGAAAUAUCAUCCCAUACCGUUAUGGUAAUGAUCACUUGGAACUAUGGGAUAUAGGCCCAUACUUUCUGGGAAAAGUUACCAUAAGUAUGAGAACAAUUCUCAUCAUUAUCUUAACAGUUCCCAUAUCGCAUGUGAAAGAAUUGUGGUAAUCGUUCCCAUUAUACUAUGGUUAACGUUACUACAAUAUUUAUGGUAAUGGUUCCUAUAAUAUAUAUGGGUGCCGUUCCUAUAAUCAACAUUUCAAAAAAACCGGUUACCAUGCAUUAUGGGAAUCCAUUCCCAUAAUAUAUUGUAAUUGUUACCAUAAAUUUCUCUCCGUGUGUAGAAAUAAAAAUUCACCAGAUUUUUCUUGGAUAGCACAUAAUGUAAUAGAUCAAAUGUUUUCUGAGGAGCUCGAAAACAGCAAGAAAUAUUGGAACUGGCCUGUAGAGUCAACUGCUUUCCAGAUCUUUCUUUAGUGGAGUGAUUUCGGACUUAUGUGGAUUUUAUUUUAAUUUGGAUCCACUUCGAUUCAGAUUAUCAAUGUUAAACUUCCUUUCGGAGUGAAUUUCACUCCAAAGGGAUCAAACAAAUAAACGACCAUCAUUUUGUAAUCACUCUGGAUUGAACCCGCGUUCACCCGGCAAAUUUUUUACAGUGUACACAUGAAAUAUUGAAAAAACAUCAAGACACUUCACUUUUUUGUUUAAUCAUGUCAAAUUUUUUUCAUUCAUUUAUUUUCUUUUUUUUUGAAUGGAUCUACAUAUAAAAGAACAGAAAAAUCUGAUAAAAUAUUUGAGGAUUUACAAAUGAGUAUUAUCCUUAAAGAACUAAUCCAGCAUCAAUGUUUAGAGAAUUAAAAAAAUUUUAAUGUUUGUAAUUUCAAAAUAUG